CAGGGUCUGGCCUUGCAUCGUCAACCCGAGUACCCACAUUAAUCGACAAAACCCAUAGCAUGCCGGUCUAGACGCACACUCGUUUUGUGGUUUGCAUGGAACCCGCGGUUUGAAACUACUGCGCCUGUUUAUUGACAGUUGGGUUGCUGCGGCUGUGGGAGCAACGCGGAUUGGGCAUAGCCCUGCGUGGCGCCCGGCCCCUGACGUGGUAUGCUGGGGUGCUGUAGGCUGCUUUGGGAUGAAUGUUAUGCGUCGGGUAGAGGUGUGUGUGUGGUGGGGGAAAGGGUAUUUAGCGGUCGCGUGCCUCGCGUUGUUGGUGCUCUUCUCGUUGGGAUAUUACCGUUUGUCGAUACAUACCUCUUGCUUCCUUUUUACUUGUCGCAUUGCAAUAACACGAGUUACUUGUUCGAUUCAAUACAUGCAAAUACUCGGGUCCGCAUAUUACUACUACCAUCUACCAACAACUUGACACCAAGAUACCACGAUCAACGACAAUCGCAACCGAAACACUACAACCAACACUUAGAGCAACCGCCCAACAUGCCCAUCUUCCGCACAUUGACCACCAAAAUCAAAACCUCGCUCUCUCCAUCUUCCUCCCCAGAAACUUCACCAGAUGGAUCGCCCACCUCACCGCAAGUGUCUUCCUUCGAGAGGAUCAGCGGGCGCAAAGAAGGCGGUGUGAGUGGAGCGGUCAAGAGACCCGAAGUACAGACCAGAGUCGACUCCUACAUGACUCAGGGAAGCAAUGCGAGCAACGAGAGUGUAGAGGAGAAGAAGCAGCGCAGGCUGAGUCGGUUCAGGGAAGAACUAGACUUCGAGGCUGAGGAUUGAGUAAAGAGACGUGUAUUCUCAAAGGUAUGUUGCCAUUCAUCGUUUCUGAGAUGACAUUUGCUAACUCCAAUCCAAGUUUACGCUGCUUCUGAAUCUGCUGUACCAUCUGCAUUGCCAUCACUUUGUACCGGAGUGCCUGUCCUGCUCGCACUUCCACUCUUUGGCGGGCCUCUAGGCGGACCACCAGCCUUA